UUCAACCCUGGUUAAUUGUCAAGGUAUACCCCUUUAAUGCGAAGCGGGCCCAGGCUCUCACUUUUGCUUUGCAAACAGACGGUGCCGGUCGGGUUAAAGCCACCGCGUGGGCGCUAGCAAUUGGCUACCGACAUCUGAAAAGGACUAAAAACAAAAUAUAUAAUUAAAAAUAAAAACCCCAAAGGGAGGGAACGGGAACCACGUCGUCACUCAAUCCUGUGACCCCUGACACUGACUUUCGCCUCAUCUCAUCUCAUCCACCACCCAUUGAUUGAUUGAUUCAACUGCCCCAACCCUUCUUUCUUUCCCACCGCACUGUACUGCUCCUCUCUGCUCUCCUUCUUCCAUUCCAUCUCUUUGCUUUAAUACAAAAACCCAUUCCCCACUUCCCAGCUCCUUUUUCUUUAGCUGUAAUCGCCGCCGCGCUGCCGUGAUCCGUUGCCGGCCGCUCCUGAAUUCCCAGUGAGUCUGCUUCUAUUUCUCCUUACCCUUCUUCUUUUUUACUGUUCCUCUUCACUUUGACGCCUUGAUCGGGUUCCUAGACUUUGGGAUUUGAGUCCCAGCUCUGAAACUUGGCUUCUUGUCCACCCAUCGCUCAUCGGAUUCAUAUAGCUGCUGCUGCUGCGUCCUCUUCCCUAGUUCUUUCGGUUCUUCUUCUUUGUGCUGUGAAUUUGAUGAAAUUGAUUGAUUAAGCUUUAGUCCUUCACGGAAUUCGGGCUGCUAAUUCCCCAAGUUUUCGGGAUCUAAAAUUCUGGAGUUGUUCAUCACGUUUCCAGUGCCGUGGCUGUGGUCGGGGCUCGGGAACAGCGAAUAGUUCGUUACUGUUCCUUUAUCUUCCUAUAUUAGUUUAUUCUUUUGGGAAUUUGUUCUUUUGGGGUUUAGAUUAUGAGGGGAAACCGUCUGACCCGGAGGAAACUCAACCCGACCCGACACUGUUCCACGUGCUUCGUGCUAAAAAAAUUCCUUUCUCUUCACUUCUUCUUCCCCUUCCCCUUCCUUUCCUAUCUGUCUUUCUGCUUCCGGACUCCUUUCUCCCUGUGGUCUCUCACUGUACGGAGUCCUCUCUCUCUCUCUCUCUCUCUCCAUCCUUCCUUGGGUUGGUGUUCCUUUCCGGUUUACGUAUCUUGAUUUGCUGUAUUUGGUUGCCUUCGAACGUUGGCAGGUUAAGAACAUGGCGCAAAUCCUGUUGCAUGGCACUUUACAUGUUACCGUCUACGAGGUUGAUAAGCUUCCUGGCGGUGGUGGAGGGGGACACAACUUCUUAAAGAAGCUUGUCGAUAACAUCGGGGAGAAAGUUGGGAUUGGGAACGGAAUAACUAAAAUGUAUGCAACCAUUGAUCUGGAGAGGGCUAGGGUUGGAAGAACCAGACUUCUAGAAAAUGAGCCAAGCAAUCCAAGGUGGUAUGAAUCUUUCCAUAUCUACUGUGGCCAUAUGGCUUCCAAUGUUGUCUUCUCUGUCAAGGACGACAACCCUAUUGGCGCAACAUUGAUUGGAAGAGCAUAUGUACCUGUUACGGAGAUCCUUGAUGGUGAAGAGAUAGAUCGCUGGGUUGAGAUAUUGGAUGAGGACAAAAACCCAAUUGAAGCCGGUUCUAAGAUCCAUGUGAAGCUACAAUACUUUGAUGUGGCAAAAGACUACAAUUGGGCUCGAGGCAUCAAAAGCGCCAAGUUCCCUGGUGUACCUUACACAUUCUUCUCUCAGAGACAAGGUUGCAAAGUUUCUCUGUACCAAGAUGCUCACAUCCCCGACAAUUUUAUUCCCAAAAUCCCACUUGCAGGAGGCAAUUACUAUGAGCCUCAUAGGUGUUGGGAAGAUAUUUUUGAUGCUAUAACAAAUGCAAAGCACUUGAUCUACAUUACUGGCUGGUCUGUCUAUACUGAGAUAAGCUUGGUAAGGGAUUCCAGGAGGCCGAAGCCAGGGGGUGACAUAAUGCUCGGUGAACUGCUGAAGAAGAAGGCAAGUGAAGGCGUUCGAGUCCUUAUGCUUGUUUGGGAUGAUAGGACAUCUGUUGGCCUGCUUAAAAAGGAUGGUCUGAUGGCCACUCAUGAUGAAGAAACCGCACAGUACUUCGAAAACACUGAUGUGAAUUGCGUUUUGUGUCCCCGAAACCCGGAUGAUGGUGGAAGCUUUGUUCAAGAUCUUCAAAUUUCCACAAUGUUUACUCAUCACCAGAAGAUUGUUGUUGUGGACCAUGAUAUGCCAAAUGGUAGCUCAGAAAGGAGAAGAAUCGUUAGUUUUGUUGGUGGAAUUGAUCUUUGUGAUGGCAGAUAUGAUAGUCCCUUCCACUCUUUGUUCAGGACAUUGGAUACAGCUCAUCACGAUGACUUCCAUCAACCCAACUUUGAAGGUGCUGCAAUAACAAAAGGUGGGCCCAGAGAACCUUGGCAUGACAUCCACUCUCGCCUAGAAGGGCCUAUUGCUUGGGACGUGCUGUACAACUUUGAGCAGAGAUGGAGAAAGCAAGGUGGUAAAGAUGUGCUUGUUCAGCUGAGGGACAUGGAAGAUGUAAUUAUUCCUCCGUCUCCAGUCACUUAUCCUGAUGAUCGCGAGACAUGGAAUGUGCAGCUGUUUAGGUCCAUUGAUGGUGGAGCUUGUUUUGGCUUCCCAGAGACUCCUGAAGAUGCUGCUAGGGCUGGGCUUAUUAGUGGGAAGGAUAAUAUCAUUGACCGGAGUAUUCAAGAUGCAUAUAUCAACGCCAUUCGAAGGGCAAAGAAUUUUAUCUAUAUUGAGAACCAGUACUUCCUUGGCAGUUCUUUCGGUUGGGCAGCUGAUGAUGUCAAGGUUGAGGACCUUAAUUGCCUACAUCUGAUUCCUAAGGAGUUGUCACUGAAGAUAGUCAGCAAGAUUGAGGCAGGGGAGAGAUUUACUGUGUACGUGGUUGUUCCAAUGUGGCCAGAGGGCAUUCCAGAGAGUGCUUCAGUUCAAGCCAUUUUGGAUUGGCAGAGGAGGACGAUGGACAUGAUGUAUCAUGAUAUUGUUCAGGCCCUGAAAGCUCAGGGUAGAGUGGAGGAUCCUCGAAACUACUUGACAUUCUUCUGCAUUGGGAACCGUGAAAUGAAGAAAAGUGGAGAGUAUGAGCCUUCGGAGAAGCCAGAGCCUGAUACAGAUUACAUUAGAGCUCAGGAAGCCAGGCGAUUUAUGAUUUAUGUUCACUCAAAGAUGAUGAUUGUUGAUGAUGAGUACAUAAUAGUUGGGUCAGCCAACAUCAACCAGCGCUCAAUGGACGGUGCGAGGGACUCUGAGAUCGCAAUGGGUGCAUACCAGCCGUAUCACUUGGCUGUCAGAGAGCCAGCACGAGGCCAGGUCCACGGGUUCCGUAUGUCACUGUGGUACGAGCACCUCGGCAUGCUUGACGACUGCUUCCUGUUCCCAGAUAGCGAGGAAUGCAUCAAGAAGGUAAACCAAGCUGCCGACAAGUAUUGGGAUCUGUACUCGAGCGAGUCGCUCGAGCAUGAUCUCCCUGGCCAUCUGCUCCGCUACCCGAUUGCCAUUGACAAUGAAGGCAACGUGACGGAGUACCCUGGUGCUGAGUUCUUCCCGGACACUAAGGCUCGGGUUCUCGGUACUAAAUCUGAUUACCUCCCACCUAUCCUCACUACAUAAAAAGGAGACCGGGCUACAUGGUUCGCCUGCAAUAUGUGAACUUUUAUGAUGGUGCUCUUGCCUUGUUUAUGAUAAACUUACUAGUUUUCCUAGCCGAAUUGCUAAAUAAAGUUUGGUGGUCUGUAUUGUCGGCAGUUGUGAACGUUGUGGUGUGAGAAGUGUAUUUGAGUGUUGGGAGAUGACUAUAUAUUUAUUCAGUUUUCAGGCGACCAUGUCUCUAGAUCAGGCGGACAUGUUUGUAGAUUGCUUGUUUAAUUAUAUGUUGAUGAUUAUUUUUCUUCAUUCCCUUUAAAUAGCUGGAACUGGUAAGCUUCCAAGUACGGUUUCUCUUGUCAUAGAUGGGGUUAACUGCACGGCUUACCAUUUAUGCGUAUCGUAUCAUAUAUUGCAAACUAACCACUUGAUUUUUUUUUUGUUACGAAUAAAUCUUAUAAGUCGAA